UGUGCGGGAGCGAGAACACAACAACAGCCCGCACACUGCGCUCCUGAUGUGCACAUUCUAGCCCCGCAUCAGCCCAGGGAUGAGAAAGAGAGCCGAGCCUGCGGCCCGGGAGCAUGACGGCUUCGGUGCUGCCCCCCUGGACCGGGAGUGCCGCCUGAAGAACCUGCGGAUACCGGGGAGCAACGCGACCAAGGGGCGCUAUCCACAGGACUCGGACAGCAAGGGCAUGAAGAGGCUCGGCAGGCGCUAUGGCUUGUGGUCCAGAUUACGAAUGUUUAUAUUUGCACUAGUCGGUCUCUAUAUAGCCAUCCCUUUCCUUGUGAAGAUAUGUCCUGCAAUACAAGCUCAGCUAGUCUUUUUAAAUUUAGUGAGGUUUCCAUACUUUAUUGAUCUGAAGAGGCCUCAGGAUCAAGGGUUAAAUCACACAUUUAAUUUGUACUUGCAGCCGGACGAGGAUGUCUCUAUUGGUGUCUGGCACACUGUUCCUGCUGUCCUGUGGAAGGACGCUCAGGGAAAAGACCAAGCAUGGUAUGAAGAAGUGAUGUCUACAAGCUAUCCCGUUGUCCUUUACUUACAUGGGAACGCUGGCACUCGAGGAGGGGACCACAGAGUACAGCUGUAUAAGGUGCUCAGCUCUUUAGGCUACCAUGUAAUCUCAUUUGACUACAGAGGAUGGGGCGACUCUGUUGGCUCUCCGUCAGAGACUGGGAUGACCUAUGAUGCUCUCCAUGUUUUUGAUUGGAUAAAGGCCAGAAGCGGAGACAACCCAGUGUACAUCUGGGGGCACUCCUUAGGCACAGGGGUUGCUACAAAUUUAGUGAGAAGGCUGUGCGAAAGAGAAACGCCUCCUGAUUCUUUAAUAUUAGAAUCGCCAUUUACGAACAUCCGUGAAGAGGCAAAAAGUCAUCCGUUUUCAGUGAUAUACAGGUAUUUCCCUGGCUUUGACUGGUUCUUCCUUGAUCCCAUCACAGCGAGUGGCAUAAAGUUUGCAAAUGACGACAAUGUAAAGUAUAUCUCGUGCCCGUUGCUCAUUCUACAUGCGGAAGAUGACCCUGUGAUCCCGUUCCAUCUAGGCAGAAAGCUUUACAACAUUGCUGCCCCAGCGCGCAGUUUACGGGAUUUCAAGGUCCAGUUUGUUCCUUUUCACAAAGACCUGGGCUAUAGACACAAGUACAUAUACAGGAGUCCAGAACUAAAGCGGAUACUGAGAGAUUUCCUUGGCAGCACGGAGCAGCAAUAGAACCCCUGAAGAAGACGACCCGGAUGCUUGUGCGUGAUUUAGGGGGACCAACAAUAUGACAAUCCCUUUUUGUGCUAGUGCUUGCCUACACUUCCACAUGGGAUAUAGUCCAUUCCAGUGUCUUUGGGGUACAGCUACUGGACUUUUUUAUUUUCUCAUUGUCAUUUUUAUUUCUUGCCUGCAAUCGUCUGACUGUGAAGGGACUUACAUCGUAUGUUUCAAGUAACAGUAUCCUAUCAAUAAGUGCAGGUAUGUAUGAAAGGGCCCCCAUGCCCCCGGAGAAGAUGGGUCACCUGCUACUUGAAAACAUGGCGCUUGCUCAUUGCUAGUGCUGCGACAUUGAAAAGUUACCGACGCCGAUCACAAUGGUUUCCCUGAAUCGGUUAUUUAGAGAGCUGCUAUAUUUUUAACUGGAGAAGCUGUGUCUCAUAAGCACUGUCUACGCAAUAACUUUAGAGGUUGUGCAUGCUACUGUGAUUUCUAAUGCUCAGAUUUCCUAUAUUCAGUACUUCCUCUCUGAUAGCACAUAGGUGUCAGGUGAUGUGUGGAGGUAAGUGGUUAUUGGUGAUACUUUUCCUUAUGAUAUUAGACUGUCUGCAGUUUGCACAAAUAUAAUGUACCUGUCUUUAUCCUUUCACAUAAUGCAUUCAGAAUUUACUUAACGGGGGCAGGAUCCCAUGUGUGGAGGUGUACAGGAGAAAAUAUAUGCCUGAUAUGUAUUUCCUUCCCCAUAGACUUGGUUAUUAUAUCUGUAGUAUGGUAUGAUUAUAAAGUGGGCACCGUAUACUAAGGAGUAGUGGGCUGAUUCAAAGGGGCCGUGGAAUACACAUAUUUUUAAGUGGGAGUCUAAUAAUGAAAUCCAAAAGUCUAGCUUAUAUGAUAUGACCCAGACCUUGAUUUAGUUCAUUAUUUUCACUCUGGGUAUUUUUAUAAUUGGGUACAUUAAAGGGGGUUUCUGGGAUUUUACUACUGAUGACCUAUCCUCGGGAUAGGUAGUCAGUAUCUGAUCAGCCGUUUUGAGAAUGCACCAGCGAUCCUGUAAGUGCCACGGCCUUCUCGUGGUUACCAAGUACAGCGCCAUACAUUGUAUAAUGGCUGUGCCUGGUAUCGCACUCAGCCGCAUUCACUUCAUACAGCUGUUCGGCGGGUGUCCCUGGUGUCGGAUUAGAUACUGAUGACCUAUCCUGAUGAUAGGUCAUCAGUAGUAAAAUCCUGAAAAACCCCACCAAGACCACGCCCAACUCACAUGUCUCACCCACCCUCUGCAUGUCCUGCAGCUUGUGGCCCCCCCCCAGCUGAUGUGAAGUCCUCAGGAAUAGCUGGAGAGCCUCAGAUGGCAUGACGCAGAGUUAAAGACAGAUGCAUAUCUAUUGCAGAGUUUUUACACAUACUGUAUUACUAACUACAGCUGGUCUGUCUGACAUGUCCAUGAAGCACUUCAAGUAACACUGCCCUAUAAGGGGCGGCAGUCACUAACAUAUGCAGUUAUAUCCAUAGAUUAGACACUCCAAAUGUACUGUCCACAUAGACCGCUCUUAAAGGGUCUAUCCUGUGAAAAACAUUACCUAUCCACAGGAUAGGGGAUAAAUAUAUGAUCACUGGGGGCCUCACUGCUUGGAUCCUCACGAUCAAUAGAACAAGGGGCCUAAUUCCAUGCCCCAGAGAAGUUUGAAUGGAGCAGCAGUGCACAGAUGACCAAAGUCUGAAGAUCGUAGCGGAGCACAGCGCAUGCGUGACCACUGCUCCAUUUAAAGUCUGUGGCACUGAAGGUCGUAGCACAGCGCAUGCGUGACCACUGCUCCAUUCAAGCUCCUCGAGGAUAGGCUAGGGGCCCCCAUUGUAGCAAUCAGUGGGGCCCCCCAGUGAUUAUACAGUUAUAUUUUUCAUGGGUUGACCAGUUUAAAGAUAACAUUUUGCACAAUGCUUUGGCAUCCAGGCACCAUGAGUGGCUGACAUGGUUGUCCAUAGAGGCAGUGAGAAUGCCUUAGUCCUCUGAUUGGAGAUAUGUGGGCAUAUUCCUUGUGAGGCUUACUUGAAAUACUUAUUGAGCGCCGUUGGAACAAAUGCCUGGAUUUUUAACAUUGAUUUAAUCAUUUGGUCCUUUUGGUUGACAAAACUGAACUAGAAGUUUAAUAUUUUAAUGUAAACCUGCAGAAUGGAGCUAGAAAACGGCAACUUGUAUCAGUUCUUAAGUACCGGUCUGUUUAUCUGCAUUUUAAAUGUAAAAAAAAAACGAAU